CACUCCACGACUCCUUUCGAGAUAACCCGGAAUUAUUUCCAAACUUAUAAACUUGGGCAUUAAGAAAGAAGAGCACGCUUUAUUUGUUUCCAAACAUUAAAACUGAUUUCCUUGGUCCCCAAGGUUUAUUUGUCUGUUACCAGGACAAGUAAUAUACUACCCACGUACGCCAUUUAAAGUUAUUAGCUGAAAAAGAAAACAUCCUCCAUCUCCAUCUACAAUCUCAGAGAAGAGAACACUUGAACAAUUUCAUCAAUAAUCUGUCUUCUCAGAUUCUUCAUCUUUACUGAUUAGAAUGGCAUAUUCUGGGAGCAGAAAGACGAGAAAAAGGCGGAAUGGGAGUGAAUCAGUGGAGGAGAUGUUAUUAAGAUGGAAAGCUUUGAACAAUGAAGCUGCAAGUAGUAAUAGUAAUGGAACUCCACUAGAUGGGGCUAGGAAGAAGAGGAAGUUUCAGGCUAAUGGAUCAAGAAAGGGGUGUAUGCGCGGGAAAGGUGGACCGGAGAAUUCAGGGUGCAGCUACAGGGGUGUGAGGCAGAGGACUUGGGGGAAGUGGGUUGCAGAAAUCCGGGAACCGGUUUCUAGGGCAACCGAUGAAUGUAACAGUAAAAGGCACCGGCGUCGCUUUUGGCUGGGAACAUUUUCCACAGCUGUUGAAGGUGCCCUUGCUUAUGAUAUGGCUGCACGGGUAAUGUAUGGCCCCGACGCCAUACUUAACUUCCCAGACGCGUUCUUGCAGAACAAGAAUGCGUCGGGUGGUGGUUUGAGGCUAAACUGUGAGGGGGAAUCCUCAGCAGCAUCUGUCAACAAUGAUGUUCCUAAGGUUAAGGUUUUUGGUUCCCAGUUGAAGCUAUCAGAUGAAUGCAUUGCAGAGGGUAAUGGUGAGGUUUUGGAUUUGAUCAGUGUUUCGAAACCCAUGGAGCCUUAUAUUCUGGAAAGACAUGAUUCUUGUUCUCCAAUUUUCUCCAUUGAAGAAUCAAAAUCAAGGAUUGUUCCUAAAGCCCAGAAAUCAAAUGUUUUGAUAAGAAAUGAUUCUAGUUCCUCAACUGGGGAAUCAAGGGUUGUUUCCAUAGUAAAAGAAUUAGAGGAUCUUGUUGAAAAGGUUAAUGAUGAUAUUGCAGAGCUUGAAGAUUCAAAGCAGCUCUUUAAUGGCUCCAAUGAAGCCAAUAUAUCAUGUAAUGUAGAUGCAGGAAUGCAGAAUAUAGAGACUAAAGUGGAUGAUGCAGAAGAGCGACGGCUGGAUUUCAACUGUUCAGAAUACGAAAGAUCAAAUGAUAAAAGGUUUAGCCAGGAUGAGAAUCGGGAUUCAGAUGAGCCAAAACCCGAGUUGCAGAGCCAACUCGACUACUUUCUCAAAAUUUUGUUGGAAGACAAUCAUUCUACAGAAAAUAUGAACAUAUCAGAAACCUUCAGCUUAAUGGAGAACCAUGAAGGAAGCGACUUUUUUAUGAAACUCUUGAAACAAAGUUUCAGUAAGGAUCCAAUACUUGAGCUCAACACAGAUGACUCAGAAGUGAAACAAGAUGGAGAGGAUGAACCGAGCAACCAUUCUACCGUGGUGGAUUACACGAGGAACUAGCUUCCAUCUGACUAUUACUAUCAUAUAAACAAAAAGCGUGGAAAACACCCUGCAGAACCAACAAUCACAAGUACUGAUGCGACAUACCUUGGUAGCCAUGACGGGAGUCAAGAUGUACUAAUUGGAAGUUCCAAUAACACAGAUCAUAUGGAUGCAGCGCACUGGAAUUCUCUCCCCUGUAGUAAGAUUAUAACUAGCAAAUUUUCUAGAUAUUAGUGCACUAGAUAAAUCCAUUUUAUUAUACAAUAGACUGAGUUUUGUGAAAGUAUAUAGUAUGUUGAUUAUUGAAAAAGAAGAGACAGAAGAAUAUUGAUUAAUGACAA